ACCAUACCAACUUUUGAUAAAUCAUUCCCUAAAUCCAAUAUGGCAUUGCCCUUUAAAGUGAAGUAAAAGAUUUCCUACGACACCUGCUCAUUAUUUCAGGUUGUUAAGAUUUCGUUCUUUUUGACAGGAGAUUUUAAAGCUUCUCAUUUAAAUCAAGAUCGACUCUGAUAUAAAGCCCACUAAUUUGAAUAGCUUAAUUCUCUGAAGAUCAGGUUUAAGAAAUAGAACAGUUCCAAUGAAUACGAGUACAAAUAUUAUUAGAUUUAUCAAAUGUGUCACAGUCGGAGAUGGAGCAGUAGGAAAAACUUGCUUGCUUGUUUCUUAUACCAGCAACACCUUUCCAUCGGAUUAUGUUCCUACGAUCUUUGACAACUUCAGUGCUAAUGUGGUGGUUAAUGGAAGUACGGUAAACCUUGCCUUGUGGGAUACUGCUGGACAAGAGGAUUACAACAGAUUAAGGCCACUUAGUUACAGAGGAGCAGAUGUUUUUCUCUUGGCAUUCUCUCUUAUUAACAAAGCAAGUUAUGACAACAUCUACAGGAAGUGGAUCUUGGAGCUCAGGCAUUAUGCUCCAUCUGUGCCUGUAGUCCUUGUGGGAACUAAGCUUGACUUACGAGAAGAUAUGGACUACUUGAGAAAUCACCCUAAUGCAACUCCAGUUACAAUAUCUGAGGGAGAAGAACUCAAAAAUAUGAUUGGUGCAGUUGCUUAUGUUGAAUGUAGUUCCAAGACCCAAAAGAACGUAAAGGCUGUGUUUGACACAGCGAUUAGGGUUGGGUUGAGGCCACCAAAAAAGAUAAAGAGAAGGCAACAGAAGCGAAGGCAAUGCAUAUUUCUAUAAGCAGUGUUGCUAGUUACAGCAUCUAGUUUAUUUUUAAACAUUGUUGUAUCUUCUACUAAAAGUUAAUAAGAUCUUACAAAUAUUCUUAAGAUACUAAACGAUUCAUGUUGUUGGAGUUUUUGAUCAAAAUGUUGUUUUUUAUAAAAAAAAAAUUACAAUAUAGGUAUAGUUUUAAAAGUAUUUACCAAAUAGAUGUAGUUUUAAAAUUUAUAUUUAUAAAAAAAUAUAGUUUUUUUUUUUUAA